UUGACAAAGGCUUCCCUGGAAGCUUCCACCCACUCUGCUCCCUAUAAAGGCAGGCAGAACAUCCAGAGUAGCAGUCAGGCUGAGAACAACCCAGAAACUACCUACUGUCACUCUGAAGCCCAUCUGCACACUCCGAUAUGAAGGUCUCCACAGCGUUUCUGUGCCUGCUGCUCACAGCUAACACUUUCAGCCCCCAGAUCCUUGCUCAGCCGGGUACUGUCCCGAACACCUGCUGCUUUGCUGUGACCAAUAAGAAGAUCCUCAUUCAGCGACUGGAGAGCUACAGAAUAAUCACCAGCAGCAAAUGUCCCCAGACAGCUGUGAUCUUCAAGACCAAACUGAACAAGGAGAUAUGUGCUGACCCUAAGCAGAAGUGGGUUCAGAACUCCAUAAAGUACCUGGAUCAAAUCUCUCAGACUACAAAGCCAUCAUCACCUUUCUUGAAACUAACCAGAGCCUGAUAAAUGCUUGAUUUAUUUUCCCUUCCUAAGAUGCAUUCUGAAAUAAUCUCAUCAUUCCCGAAAGGAAAUGGGUUUUAUUUAGUGAUUUUAAAAACAAAUUGCAUUUAAGUUAUUGGAGUCUUUAAAUAUAUCUUUAUGCAUAUCAGUCAUUUUUUAAAUGUAAAGUUUUGAGAGGAUCCCUUGCCCUCUGUGAGCCCCCAUCCAGUCCCCUACCAAGUGUAGGAAGUGUGACUCCCAGUGUCUUAGAAACUCUCCUCCUACCUCCUUGGAAUCCUGUAAGGGUCCUAGAAAAGAUCAUCGGUAUGAAAAUGUCUUGUAAUUUUAGGAGGACAUUGUUCUUGUGAACCCAAGAUGUGACUCACAAUGAUGAAUGAAAGUAAAUACUGUU